CAAUUUACAUUUAUACCCACCUAAGAAAAACUAGGGCUUCUCACUUAACUCUCCAGCCGAAUCCUCCCUUCUCUUUUUCUUUCCCUCUUGCUCUCCAUUCCUCUCCAAUCUCCAGCAGACCUGUCGGCGGCAGUAAGUCUGCACCUAAGGGUGGGAAGUUGGACAUUCGAAACACCGGCCACCUCUUGUUGACCUUUCCUCUGGAGAGUUGAUAUUAGCACCUUGCAGGGGAGAAGCCUGUUGGUUAAGAUGGAAGUACGCAAAGAGAAUCGGAAUAUAAGAGAUAACCACCGUCGCUUGCUCGCAGAGAAAUUUGAAUUGAAGCGAAACCUUUACAAGGCACUUGUUAGAGAUCCCACACUUCCUCAGGAGAUGCGUGAGCUACAUGCAUAUAAGCUGGCCAAGUUGCCAAGGAACAGUUCCUUUACACGAGUGAGAAACCGAUGUGUUUUCACUGGUCGUCCUCGUGGUGUUUAUCAGCUGUUUAGGAUGUCUCGUCUUGUUUUCCGUUCAUUGGCAAGCCAAGGUCUGUUGGAGGGCAUAAGGAAGGCGUCCUGGUAACCCAGAUUAACAGGACAUGGAUUGGAUUGACUCACAGCUAGUGUUGCUCGAGCAAAGGAUGUAAUGGGUUAUAUCCUUAACUUGGAGUAUUGUCUUGUUAAAUAUAUUAUGCAGUUUCCAGUUUUGACUUGAGAAAAUGUUUUGUUGGUGGUGCUUUUGAUUUUAGAAUAAAGAUGGGUCCUGUUCUUAUA